CACAGUAGGAUGUUACCUUGAACACGCUUCAGUUCGUCUUACAGCAUCAUGUGUCCAUGCUGAACUUAAUUCUCAAAGUUAUAUCAAAAAGGACUGCUUGCUGUAGUAAAUGCAGUAAAUGCUUGUUGCGGUGAAUUGGUGUCCGCUCUAAGGUUUCUUUGGGUUAAUUGACUAUGAUGUGCUGGAGUUUGUGUUUCUUCCCACCUGGCUCACCACCCGUGUCCUCCUUUACUCCAGGAUCAUCCUGACUGGAGGUAAAUGCUCCAUACACGCUGGCAGGUAGCCAAGAGUGCUGCUCUUUGUGGUGGGGGUUGUGAGCAAGUUGCUUGUAACGAUUGAUUAGUUUUGAAGAGUCUGCCAAGGUUCUGGUGGCCUCCGGUUUGUGUAUGUCUGACCCUGCUCGGAUACGGAUCAUUACGGGAUGGACAGGUACAGGUCACUGCCUGCAUAAAUGAAAGUGAGAGAGCACACCUGGACCUGGCCUCGGGGAUGAAUCAACUCAAAGGACCACAAAGGAUGUAGCAGAAGACUAAGAAACGCAACGGAUGCUUGAUCAGUGCCCUCAUAUGUGCUCUGGGCUGUGGCUUUGCAAGUGACAUUGCCACUGCAUCCAGGAGUGAUUUCCCCCCCCCCACACUCCCUCGUCCCCCCAAAUGGUGCUGCACAGUGCCACAGCAGAGGCCUGAGGUAACCGGGUAAAAACCCAGCAAAUAAAGGUCAGUAGCCUCACCUAUACCAUAGUGUCCAGCUGGGACUGGGCCUGCUGCAAGCACUGUGACUCAUCAGACGUGAACAAUACCCAAGAAACGGCUACAGGAUCCUGCAGAGGCUGGAGGAGGAAACCGAUCCACACAUAAAAAAGCUGCAGCCCAUAUGAAGAGGGGAAUUAUUAGCUAAAAGAUAGACAUCAGAUUUCAGAAGAUAAAUGAAAGGUGGAUCUGAACCUUGACAUUGUCAGCUCAGCUCAGCGGGAGGUUGCAAAGGCAAAGUGGUGAGAGGAGGGUUUCCUGGAGAACUCCCGGAAGACUGAAAUGGAUUAUGCGAUUCUGGAAGGGGACAAGAAACAGGCAAUACAAAGACCAGUAAAAAUGGGAAGUACUGGAUUCUGGUUUCCUCCAAGAAGAGUCAGCGGAACUGGUUAAGACCAAAAUCUGAGGACUUUAGUGGGCAAACAUCAGUCCCCUUUUGCUUUCUUUUACGACCACAUGAAACUUGAGAAGCCAUCUAAAGCUAAAUCAUUUAGUGGAGUUGGGCAAUUCCCAAGUGUCCAACAAGAAGGCCUGGUUUAGGCUGCGAUGGCCACUGUCAUUCCUGGUGAUUUGUCAGAAGUAAGAGAUACCCAGAAAGUCCCUUCAGGGAAACGUAAGCGUGGUGAAACCAAACCAAGAAAAAACUUUCCUUGCCAACUGUGUGACAAGGCCUUUAACAGUGUUGAGAAAUUAAAGGUUCACUCAUACUCUCACACAGGAGAGAGGCCCUACAAGUGCACACAACAAGACUGCACCAAGGCCUUUGUUUCUAAGUACAAAUUACUAAGGCAUAUGGCUACUCAUUCUCCUGAGAAAACCCACAAGUGUAAUUAUUGUGAGAAAAUGUUUCACCGAAAAGAUCACCUAAAGAAUCACCUACAUACACACAAUCCCAACAAAGAGGCCUUUAAGUGUGAAGAAUGUGGAAAGAACUACAAUACCAAGCUUGGGUUCAAACGUCACCUGGCUUUGCAUGCUGCAACAAGCGGUGACCUCACCUGUAAGGUAUGUUUGCAGACUUUUGAAAGCACAGGAGUGCUGCUGGAGCACCUAAAAACUCAUGCAGGCAAGUCAUCGGGUGGAGUGAAGGAGAAAAAACACCAGUGUGAACACUGUGAUCGUCGGUUCUACACCCGAAAGGAUGUCCGUAGACACAUGGUAGUGCACACUGGAAGAAAGGACUUCCUCUGUCAGUACUGUGCACAGAGAUUUGGGCGGAAGGAUCACCUCACGCGCCACAUGAAGAAAAGUCACAACCAAGAACUUUUGAAGGUCAAAACAGAGCCAAUGGACCUUCUAGAUCCCUUUACCUGCAAUGUUUCUGUGCCUAUUAAGGAUGAGCUGCUUCCAGUGAUGUCUUUACCUUCCAGUGAACUGACAUCAAAGCCAUUUACAAACACUUUGCAAUUAAAUCUCUACAACACUCAGAUUCAGUCCAUGCAGAGUUCUGCAUCUGCACACCAAAUGGUUGCCACAUCGUUGCCAUUGGGAAUGCCUUGUCCAAUAGAUAUGGAGUCUGUCCACCCUUCUCACCAGCUAUCGUUGAAAUAUCCGCUCGGUACUACCUCAUACGCAAUUUCUAUGCCUGAGAAAGAACAGCCAUUGAAAGGGGAAAUCGAAAGUUACUUAAUGGAGUUGCAAAGUGGUAUGCCUUCUUCAUCCCAGGAUUCUCAAGCAUCUUCAUCAAAACUAGGGCUGGAUCCACAAGUAGGGACACUAGAUGAUGGGUCUGGGGAGGUUUCCCUUUCCAAGGGCUCCGUUCCUAUUAGCGAACCUCUAAACACCCCGUCGUUGGACUUUUCUCAGCUGUUCAACUUCAUACCUGUAAACGGCCCUCCUUACAAUCCUUCUGUUUCAGUGGGAAACCUCGGAAUGAGUUAUACGCAAGAGGAGGCACAUUCUUCUAUGACUCAACUUCCACCGCACACCCAGGAUCCACAAGAUCCUAGCAAUAGUAUAGGUCUUGGGUCUCUGCACUCGUUGUCUGCAGCUUUCACAAGCAGUCUAAGCACAACCACCACCCUACCGCGAUUUCAUCAAGCUUUCCAAUAGGAUGUACAAAGCUGGCUUGUUACUGUCUAUUUGUAGAAAUGCCUUAGGUGACCAUUUUUAACUUAGUGCCUACUAUAAGACAUUAUAAAUUCUCUGCUUUUGUACAGUACCAAUCUCAUGAAGCCAGUAAGAAAUUUAAAUUAACUUUUUAAAAAUGUUUUGAAAGUGUUUAUUCUCAGCUGUGUUUACUUCGUUGUUUUGUUGGUUUUUUUUUAAAAAAAACAGUCUCAUUGUAUUGUUUUCAGUUUCACUGCCAAUUGACACAUUUAAAAUGUUCAGUAGAAAGUCAUCCCAAGCAAACUCUCAACACUCAUACCUUUUUAAAAACUUUUUCAGCCAUACCAGCUAUUCCGUUUUACUGAUGUCAGUGGUAGAACUACCACUUUUACCUUUUAAUAUAUUUUACUAUUUGCAAAGAAUCCAGUUUAAAUAUGUAUCACAAAGAUUUGGGAAAAAAAUUAUCCAGUCCAUUUCCAAACAAAACCUCUUCCCAAAUGGUGACACAUCUGAUCUGUUCUACAAUGACAAAUCUAAAUUUUUUAAGUAAAUAUAGAAUUCAGACUUUUCUGAAAACUCGUGUGUGUAUAUAUAAAAGUCCAUAUAUACACACGUACUUAUAUAUAGCAUUUUGACUUGUAUUGAAGUCAUUAUAAAAGGUGUUAAGAAUUUUGCCAUUUUCUGGCUUAAAAUUUUGUGGCCUGUUAUGAAUAAUGGAAGAAAAAUAAUUUAGUUUAAUUCUCUAAAAUCAUGGCUGAACAGAAUUUCAACAGAGAAUCUCUGCUUGCCUAAAUGACAAAUGUUUCAAGUUGAAUUUGGAACUGUGUUGUUGUGCUUUCAUGACUCUGGUAGAGGGGAAACAGGCGAAUGGCUGAUCUUGAAAUAUAAAAGUGUUGUAAUGUAGUAAUGCAGAAUAUUUUGUCGCAGUUUUUGUUUUAAUUCUUAACUUGCUGUUUUUUCUCUUUAGUAGCAUAGAAAGAGUACUGCAUAGGAAUCUUCCAAUAGUGUAUUCACAUUUGUAGGCAUCAGUCUUCUCCCAGCUGCCACCGCCAAAGGGUGGAUCAAGUCCAGCCAGAAAGUGUGUAUCUAUUUUCAGUUCAAAACUAGUGUGCAGUCAGAGAGUGAAUGUAAAUUUGCAAAUACCAGGUUUUUUUGGUUUUGUUUUUUUUUUUAUUGGAAUGAUCUUUUCAGUUGUGUUACAUGGUGUGUUAUGUCCUCCUAAGCAACAAGUUAGAUGUUAAUCACAUUUUCUACACCUGGGUACUUGGUUAGGGACUUUUUGCCCAUUGCCAAGAUUUAAAGACAGGACUCUUAGGAGUGAAGUAAAAGCAUAUUGCUUACACCACUUUUACCUAAUGCAAUAUAUUCUAUUCCCCAAUCCCUAAUAACCAAAAGAGGAAAAAGAAAACAACAAAACUCAACCCUGCGAUGCAUGAAAGCAAACUAGAUUUGUUGUAUUUCAACAAUAACAUUCUUUUCCUUGUCAUUUUUGUACAAGGAAUUAAAAAAUAGAAAUCAAGUACAGUAGUAUCUUUCAAACAAUAAUGAGGAUUCAUACAAGGUUUUAAGUGGUUAAACUAAAUAUACUUCACAGAAACAAAAGUUGCUCCCAUUUAAGGAGCUCAUGCUCCGGAUGUUUUAUCAGUAGCUCCUACGUUGUUUUUUUUUUAAUUCUAGGAGCAAUAUGCAGGUGUAGUUUUACUAUUUUAUACAUAUGUGUAUUUAAAUUUUAUUACUGAAAGAUAACAUUUUUAUAAAUGUGUUUGUGUUCCAAAGGCAUUAAAAUAAGGAUGUAUUAAUAAGGAAAAUACCUUUUGAAAUUCUGCAAACUACUCCUACAUUUUGGGUUUAGGAGCACGUUAUCUCAAAGUGGGCUUUUAGCUCUGCUUCAUGACUGCUUCCUCUGGUUUCUGUGAAACAGAUUGCUCGCUUACUUACAUCUUUAGUUGAAUGAUUUGUUCAAUAUUGCUUUUUUUCUCUUCACCUUUCUAAAGGAAAGAAAAACACAGAUGAACAGAGCACAAGGUGAAUGCAACCGAAUGUAACUCUAGUUUAAAUCAGCAACCGUAACGUAUCUAGGAAGAACUCGGGUUUAUUCUCAAUCCUUUAACUCAAUCUGAGAUGAAGAUAAAUGGACUUAGUUCCUCCAGUGGGUUAUGCCCCUCGUGGAGCCGAGCAUCUGCAACUCCCCCUGCAGCAGAGGAAAAUUGCGAGCGCUCGGCAUCCCACAGCGUGGCCAGGCAGCGCUGCCCGUCCUGGGCAGCCUCCGGCACACGAAUUCCCAAUCCGUAGCGACUGUUUAUCAGUCUCAGUUUCCGAUUAGACUUCAUUAAAAAAAAAAAAAAGGCAAAACAAAACCCAGCAGACGCUUUGCCAACACCCGUUUCUUAGUGCGUAGCCAGAAUCCUUACUACUUUGUUCGUGCCUUAGCUUCCUGAAAAGGGAUUGACAUUUCACUUUGGAGUUAGAUGUACAUUUCACGUGAGAAAUAGGGACCUCAGACAAGAUAUUGAACCUCAUUCAAGUCAGGGUUUCGGCGGGUGGCUGCACCGAGCGUGUUUGCCACUGAACUAGGAUGUGCGGUAAGGCGGAAGCAGCCCGACGCUGUAAGCAAUACUACCACCACCAGCGUGCUUUUGGAUAUCACUUAGGCAGAGUCGAUAUUGGCCACUACUAAACCGUCAGUUUUUAAACCCUGGUUUCUCGAUUUCAGGCGGAUUCUUGGCGGGAGGGGGGAGGGCUGGCUGAUCGUGCACCACACUUUGUGCAACUUCUAAAUUUCUAGUAAGGUUUGUUUUUUUAAAAAUAUAUAUAUUUUUGUGUACUUGUUGCUUGUGCUUUAUUUAGUAGUAAAUUGUGGAAUAGAGUGAUUUAUUGUUAAUUUGGCAGUAGCGGUUUUUAAAAACCAUAUACUGACUGAAACAUGAGCCAGAGCUGAUUGCUUUAUUAAGCUAAUAAUGAAUGUUAAGAGUACAUAUUUUCAGGAUCAUUUGCCUAGUGAGCUAAACAUGUAUUAUAGGCCAAUAUUUUUUAAAAUAAAGCUUGGUCAACCUCUAUGUUACACAUAUUACAAGAUAUAGCACUUUCAAAAAGAAAACCUAAACCUUUUAAGAAAAUUUCUUACAGGUUAUGCUUUUUAUUAUAAAACCUUUUAUUAUAAUUUGUUUCAAGUGCCAUUAGAUUACAUAUAUGUAGGCCUUUGGUAUAAUGCUUUGUGUACAAAAUGGUAGACAUUGUAAUUUUAAACAGGUACAUUUUUACAGUGUUUUCUUAUCAAUUUGCUAUAUUGCACAGAACCAGUGUGUCUUUCUUAAGGGUUUUACAAUGGUUUUUACUAGGUUUACAUGUUUCAAACUACACUGUCUUCUACUGCCAUUUUGAAUACCAGUCAAAAAAAAAAAUUAGGAGUUUGUCCUCGCCAAUUGCAAACUGUGUCCUCUGGAGUUCUGGAUGGUAAACUAUGGCAAAAAUGUUUAACAUGCAGUAUUUGAUACAGAUUAUUUUUUUUUUAUCAUAUCCUAUCAUCGCUAUGCUGCUGUCUUAGUUAACUUAGGGCCUGAUCCUGCAUCCGUAAAGGUCGAGGGGAGCAGGAUUGCAUCCUUCGUUAUGUCUGUCUCAUACACUGGUUUAGCAGCUCAUCCUGUAUUCUUCUCAGUCUAUAGACAAGCCUCUGAAGUAAGUGUACUUAUCUGGUAUGUAGUGAAGCGUAUAGGCUUAGCUGCCCGUCCUGCAUCCUCCCAGUGUGCAAUUAAAACCACAGCCUCCUUAGCAUCACGCGCAACGUACAGAGAACGCCACAGUAGUUCAAAAUGUGUUUGGAUAGUCCCAAAGCUUUUAUGCAAUAAGGGUGUCUUACUUUUGUUGGAAGGCAGUGUCUUUUGAUAACAGUUAUCUAGCCCUGGAAGUGACACAGAACUAUUGCUAAUCAUAUGUAAACACUUUUCAGUAUAAGCUUCAGUGGUACAGUUGAACCAGAGUGAAUGUUUAUCUCCUCAGAAACACUCCUGCAAUAUUGUUAUAUUGGAUCAUGCUGCUAAUGUAACUUGGGAUACAACUCCUCUCAUGGUGCUACAAACCUCCCUGUCUCAUUCAGAUGUAUUUUUACCCAUAGAAAAAAGGACUAUACUAGACCUAUAGUUGUAUGAUAUAUUUUUAUACUGUGACUUAAUUUGUCAUUAAUGAACUUUGUGCAACACCACAAUGUAUUCAUAUGCACUUGCAAAAGUAAAAUUGUGGACAUGCAAAUUUAAAACGCUGACAAGCCCAGCUCUUGUUCAUAAAAAUAGGUGACUGCUAGUUAAAAUUAAAUGUGGGCUUUUUAUAUGGUGUGGAGUGAAGAACAUACUAUAUGUUACUAAAAGCCUUUGAAUUUAGACAAAAACUGGGAAAAGUUUAUUGGGGAAUGAUGACACACCCAAACCUGACUUGGAUUGCUGAAAUUAUAUUUUUAGCUAGUGGAAAAAUUGUUUGGACUUGUAUGCUAAAAUGUUUUUAUGAUAAAAGUUUUGAGUCAAAAAUAGAGGAAAAAAAAAAAAACCAGAACACAGAAAACCCUGCAUUCCAGACUGAAUUUGUAUAUGUUUCUUGCAUUUAAAAUUUGCUAUCCUGUGAUAUGGGAAAUUGAGUUGCUUAUCAUGUAUAUGUACUUUAAAAUGUAUUCACAAACUACUGUUGUAUUUGUAUAAAAUAUAGACAAAAAGAUUGCAUAUAUAUUUUUGUGUAUAAGCUCUGUAAAAUAGCAAUCACAUUAUGAAGCUGCAGCAGAACUUCAUUUUAAACAUUCACAUCCAAAGAAACAGACUAUUUAUUGUCCACAUACCCUGAUUAUAAAAUAUACCUUGCUGCUAUUAAACAAUAGUGCUGCAGCUUCUUGUGGCCUACAGUGUUAUGUUUGCUGUACAAAAAUAUGUGAACUCCACAAAAUAUAUCAAUAAAAUUACAGAAU